GGCGACCGCGUCUCCAGAGCGUAAAAAUUAAAAACAAACAAUUUCUAAAUUAAAAUAAACCGUGUUCGUUUUGCCUUGAACAUUCAAGAAGAAAACGAGACUUGAAAAUACAAAUUUGAAAUUUAUUAGUGCAUUGUGAUCGUCUUUUUCAUAUCAGCUGAUCGCCGAAAAAACUACGAUUAGGUAAAAAAACGUACUAAAACACACCGAGUGCGAUUUAAUGUGAACAAGUGAUGCAGUGACGUAUUCAGUGAAGUAAACAAAAAUGACUACCCAGGAAGCACAGGACUACCUCCAAGGCAUCACCCCUGGACCACUUACAAGAGAGAUCCCAGAAUGCAUGCGAGACAAAUACACCAUAGUCCAAGCCAUAUUGGACAUCAUUGGCUUCUGGAUUAUGAUAUACACGUAUCUGUUUCAAGCAUUGUAUAGAAAUAUUGUAGGAUAUCCGAAGAAGGAUCUAAAAGGAGGUGUGGCGCUGGUAACGGGCGGCGGAGGAGGUCUGGGAAGUCUUAUAGCUUUGAGACUUGCAAGAUUAGGCUGCGAGAUCGUGCUGUGGGAUAUUAACAAGCAGGGACUCGACGACGCAGUGAAGCUGGUAAAGGGGAUCGGAGGCCAGUGCCAUGGGUACGUUGUGGACCUUACAAAUCGGGAAGACAUCUAUCGUGUCGCCAAGAAGGUUAACGAGGAAGUAGGCAGGGUGACAAUUCUAGUGAACAACGCAGGCGUGGUGUCUGGCCAAUACCUACUGGACACGCCCGACCACCUCAUCCAGCGAACAUUCGACGUUAAUGUACUUUCGCACUUUUGGACUGUGAAAGCCUUCCUACCAUCAAUGAUCGACCAUAACGACGGCCACAUAGUGACCAUAGCGUCGUUGGCUGGGCAAGUGGGCGUGGCCAAAUUGGUUGAUUAUUGCGCUUCUAAAUCAGCCGCCUGCGGCUUCGACGAAGCGCUAAAGAUCGAGCUCGAAGUGCGAGGCGUUAGGGGUGUUAAUACUUCUCUUAUCUGCCCGUAUUUUAUUCGGUCGACGGGCAUGUUUGGCCAGGUGGAGUCGAGGUUCGUGCCACACCUCAACUCGAACGAAGUAGCGGACCGCGUGGUUAAAGCCAUCCGCACCAACGAGCCCAUCGCGGUCAUCCCCGGCUACUUUCUCACGCUGCUGCCUUUCAAAUGGGUAGUGCCAUGGCCAUGCAUAUCAGAAUUCCUGCGUUUGCUAGUUAAGGACGCAGCACCACCGACGCACUCGCCGUCGCCCGCACCUGCAGCUGCGCCGGCGCAGCUCAACGGCAAGAUGAUCGACGGCAAGCGGGAGUCGCGCCCCAUGUCGCUCGCGCCGCCCGCCAGGCACGACCGGCACGUCUGACCUUGUCUUCUUGUUCGUCGUAACACAUUUUUAAUUAUUGAGACAAGUUGUGAGAUGAGGGACUUGGCCAAAGUAAAUUUUAAGUGUAGCCAUAAUUCAAUGCCACAUGUAAGACAAAAUUUAUAGGAGACCUGUGCCCAACUGCGUACCGAGUGGGAUUUAUUAUAUAGACUGACAGUUCCAUGUACAUACGUACUGACUUAUAAUUAAAAGGUAUUUCUGCCUAACCUUGAAUUUAAAAAAUGUAUGUUUCUUUAAACCAAAAGUAGUCUCUCUUAAUUUGUCAAAUUAUAUUUAUUUUUGAGUUAUUCAUUAAUAAAUUUGCUUUCUGACAAGUCCCUCAUUAAGUUUAUUCAGAAUGGUGACGCAAAUGGUUAUGGUUAGAUUAGAGAAAGCGCAAAACUAACUUUUAAGGUUAAUAUGAAUGCUGUGCGGCAUGUGCGAUUUAUUAGAUUGCAUUUGAAAUUAUUGAAGAACAGGGCUCUUGAUUAGAUCAAAACUUAUACAUUAAGCAAGUAAGAGAGAAAUAGAACGAGUACUGUGUGUUACAUAACCAGUUAGUUAUCUACGAUGCCUAAAUAUAGUUUAUUGAUUAUCAUAUUUCAUAAACACUAUUAACCACUUCGGUUCUUUGAAAAGAUUACUAGAAUUUAGAAAUAAUGAUAAUCUCAGUACAGAGCAAAAGCCGAUAUCAAAAACCAUUCAUCCCCUGGUUUGCCACCCUUAGAGGUGGAAUGUUUUGUUCAAAUUUAAAUGGGACCACAUCUGAGUUACCCUUUUCAAACAAAAAAAGAAUCAUCAACAUCGGUUCACAGAGAGAGUUAUCGCGUAACAUACAUACAAAAAAACAUAGGUACACUCGAAUUGAGAACCUCCUCCUUUUUUUUAAGUCGGUUACAAAUAAUAACACUGUAUAUGGGCGAGAAUAACGCCUAACGUGAAUUUAUACCAAGUUAUCGAUGAUAUUAUAUUACUAUUUAUGAAUUGUAAGUGUCAAGUCACACUGAAAGAACAGUGACCGGAGAUUUUUGGUGUAAAGUAUUUUGAAUCUUCAUCUUAGCAUUUUGAAUCUUAUUUUUUCUACAAAAAAGUUCAAAUUGAUUUGAUGAAAUAGAAUGUUAUAGUACAGCACUGCGAGCAGCCGCGAGGCUGUGCGAGACCUGUAGCGACUAGUUCAAAGAGCUAGUGCUAGCGCCUCCGGAGUUGCUCUUUCUAUGUGACCCUUAUUCAUCUAUUUCUUCAAAACACCGCACAAGAUACGUGUCUUCAUUAAUCAUAACGUCGAAGACAGUCGACGUGCUCUUGCAAUCAAUGCAUUAAUUUUAUUAAGGCAUCGAAGUUAAUUGGGUAUGGUGAUGAUUUGAUAUAAGUGCCUAUAUCGACAAGCAUUCCAUAUUUUCGUUCAAGUGAAAGAUUAGUUACAUAUCAGAAUAUAAUAUUUCGAUGGUUUUUCUGUUAUGCACACGAAAAUUCUGAGCCAAAACGAACCGACAUCAAUGCAAGCAGAAAAGAAUAGCAUAGCGAUCUGAUCGCGUAUCUAAAGGACGGACUGAACGCAACCGGAUAUCACAGAUUACUUAUCAGUUACUACGUAACAGUUACAUUAGUCUCAUACAAAAUCGAAAAUACCUACGCUAUAAUAGCCUACUAAACCUAACUAAUGACACGAAGCGCACACUACGAGGAAAAAGGAACCUAACCACGCGCUCACAGAGGUGAAAAUAACGUGCGGAGCUGAAUGCUCAUAAAUGUAAGACUUGCAUGAGCGCUUGUACCGACGUCAGUACAUUCAGCGGUAGGCACUUAUCACAAGACCUUGAGCGAGUGACGACGCCCUGCCGAUAUUUCUAUCUCGGUUGCCUUUUUUUGAAGUAAACGAAGUUAAUUAUUCAUAAAAACCUUCGAUCCGGAUGCAUUCGAACCAACACCUUCAGCAUACUGUGCCUGAAAUGUAAUUGGACAUGUUCAAAUGUCAAGACCACUACCUGGCCCUGGAACAAAGAUAGGGUCUACGAUGAAACGUACUCGCCCAGAAGAGAUUUGGUUGCGCCUUAGAGAUACUCGGGUUGUAUAUGCUCGGAAACAGUGUAGACUGGGAAUUAUAUUCUUGGGCGAUGCGCAUAAUAAAAGAUGACAAAAUGCGCUUAGUACGCCUGAAGGCAAUACCGACAAAGUAGAGAUGAUAGGUUUGGAUGUCUGGUGGUAAAAGAGGGUGCCUGGUUCUUUUCAAAUCUUCAUGUUGCUAACGCAAAGCGCAUAGAGGUGACAUAUCGAUGUUUUACUUUCUCAAAGUAGUAUCUUAUAAAAAGUGAUUAUUGAGAAGAUGGCAAAACUUUCCCGUUAUUUUAAAUUUUUUAUCAAGGGUGUUAAUUUGGUUGCAUUACUUUAAGUAUAGGUAAAAGCCAGUGUGUGAAUAUGAAGGAAAUUUGAUGUGAAAUCAGCCUGCAAAUUUUGUGUAUACAAUCCGUUUUUUACAUUUCAGGGACUUUGUCCUUUAAGAUACGAGUUUGACAAAGUAAGGCGGCGAUGUUAAGUAUUUUGUCUUUCCGAUUCUAUAUUGCCUUCUAAACUGCUGUUUCUACUGCCUCUGUGGCCGAACAGUUAACAUGCUGGUGUGCCACGCACGGUUUGAUUCCCUGGCCAGGAGAAAUAUUUGUAUGAUCUACAUGUAUAUCUCUCGUGAUUUUGGGUGUAAUUUGUGGUUGUCUAGGUGAGUGUCCAUGGCACCCGCGAUACAGGGUUUCCCUAGUGUGUGCGUUACUACUUUCUACCCAUUAAAUUGUUUAAUUGCAGUAUUUCCCGUUUUGAAAUGAGUGUGUAAUGCAACCGGCAAAUUAAAAAGUGUAUAACACUAUUUAAUAGUUUAACAAUUUUGAGUAGCGACAGUUACAUUGUUGAUAUCUGAUAGCAAAGCGGUACAUUCACCAGGUCAAGCAUUUAUAUGUUCUAUUGCUGAACGAGCAGCGUCGGCGCAUAUUAUACGCGCCUACGACGCGCGUUUCACGAACGCGUGUUUACGGUGCCGAAGGCGCUAGCAGAUAGUUGCGCGUCAAACGCGAUACAAACGUGCGCGAGAAGCUUAUUCGAAGCGCGUCUGCAGCGCGUAUACGCGCAGACGACGCGCGUCUACGGCGCCACUGAAUUUGUGAACGUGUGCAAAGGUUUAGUCGCUGCAACUGCGUUUGCGCUGCAAAUUCGGGUACAAUUAGUACAAUCAUAAAUGAUGUUGGGCUAUGGCUUAAUAGCCCGUUUACUUCGUUCGCAAGCAAGAGAGGCUCUUUGGAGGCGUCGCGUCGUACUCCCCGCAUCAUAAGUAAAGCCGGCACUGGCCGUUAAUGAGAGGUAUUGCGUUGUAUGUAUAGUGUAUUGAAUAUGGAAUAAAGGUGUUAAUUUAAUUUUCGACUUUAUUGUGCAUAACAGAAAUUAAAUUCGAAAUUAAAAAAAAAUAUAUUUAUAAAUCUUUCACAGCCAAUAAUUUUCAAUAAAAUAUUUUUAUUAGGUGUACAAAUUCUUAUAAAGAAUUAUAGAAUAAGAAAUUUUAUAUACAAAAUAAACUUUUCGUAGGUACUAAACUUUAGUAAAAAAUAUAUUAUUUGUGAAUUAGUACUAAAUUGCAUGUAUAUAUUUUGUUAAGUUUUGUAAUAACA